AGGACUCUGGAAAAUGUGGUGGGAGUUGCAGAAUUUUAAAGGGGGUAACGGGACAGAAGUGAUGCAGGGAGCUGUAAGCAGUGGUUAAAGUCAAGAGAGGCGCUGCGAGACCUGCUGGAGUUGUUGUUGUUGAUGCUGUUUUGCCGCAUUGCUAGCGAGACUGAUGACAGUUGACAGCCGCGCCAAAGUUCAAGCGCGAUCGAGUGCCAGGGAUUUCAGAGCCGUUCAGGCCGCUGCAGGGAUGGAUGGCGAUGCGCACAGCCGACCGCCUGACCGAAGGUACACCGAGAUCAUCGAAAAACAAAGAAGCUCCUCCUCCUCCCGUCCUGAAAGGCCUGGAUGCUCCACUGCUGAGCCACAAGCUCCCAGCGUACCCUCACCCUGCCAUGGACCAGAAGGAGAACCUGCUGGAGCAGGACCUGACUCUCACCGUGGUCCUUCCUGAAGGGGUGGAGAAGACCACGGUCGUCCAUGGCAGCAAGCCCAUGAUGGACCUGCUGGUCAUGCUUUGUGCGAAGUACCACCUGAACCCGUCUGGCCACACCAUAGAGCUCGUCACCACCAACAGAAACCAUGUGAAGUUCAAACCCAACGCCCUCAUCGGAGCGCUAGAGGCUGAGAAGAUCCUGCUGAAACCGAAAGGCAUGGAGGACAAAAGCAAAAAGACAGGACCGCAGAUGCCUGAGGCAACCGUACGAUUAGUAAUUAACUACAAGAAAACCCAGAAAACCAUUCUCAGGGUGAGUCCUCGGGUUCCUCUACGAGAACUGCUUCCGGCAAUCUGCGAGAAAUGUGAAUUCGACCCGCAGACCACGGUUUUAUUACGAAACGUCCACUCAGAAGACACUUUGGACCUGAGCGGCUCCCUCAAUGAUUUUGGCCUGAGGGAAGUGUAUGCGAGAGACACCAAAGUUAUUAGCCCUGUAAGUCCUAUUAGUCCAGUAAGUCUGCCUCCAUCUCCAACUCACUCAGAAAUAUUUCAUCAUGGGAAAGAGAAAAUCCAGAAGGAGAAAGAAAAGAGGCGAUUCAGCUUAUUUCGGAAAGGAAGUAAGAAGCAAACCGAACAGUCUAUGACCGUGAGUGCACCAGCAUCUCCAGUGCACAGGAAGCAGAGGCCAGUCAGCAUGAGUUCCUUCAGCGCGCAUUCGCCCAUUACAUACGAUUCCAACACCAUGCCCUCCGACAUGCCAAAGAAAAGACGAGCCCCGUUGCCGCCGAACAUGAUGUCCCAGAGCAUGCCUACUGACCUCGGUCAUCAAACCGCCGUGCAUCCCGAUGGCAGCCAGAAUAUGGCCCCUUUGAGCCGGGGAUCCUCGACAGAGUCGUCCUUCAAGAAGUCCACCAAGCGGAAGGCCCCUCCGCCCCCCACCUCGAGCAGCGCAGCCCCUCCUGAUGAAACCACACAGGACAGAGGCACGACAGCAGAAGUGGCGUUGGCGUCUCCUCUGGAGGAGAUCAGGGAACAGGAGGAGAUGAACGUGAGCGCAGAAGGUCAGGUGGCCGCUGUGGAGGAGGAGGAGGAAGACAGCAGCCUCAACCUGUCUGCCGACGUCUCUCUGGACUCGGGCCGGGCUGGGGCUGCAACUCCCUCUCAGGAUUCAGAGAUUCUGGACAGUGGGAUGGCCAGAGACAAUCCAUCAUGUGACCAGUCCACCGAUGCGGAAGCUGCAGAAGCCACAGUGAAUGGAGAGAUUAAGUCAGACCAGGCCACAAGCUCUCAUAUCCCUUCAGAAGAGAUAGAGCCCUCGAUGCAAAAAACAGAAGAGGUGAUGAAAAGUGGCCCUGUUCUGGAGGAGGUUUCUGUGUUUCCCACAGAAAAGCCUGCAUCUUUGAUCAACAAGCUUCAAACCUCUGAAUGCGGCAUCCAGACAUCGCAUAUGGAUUUGCAAGCACAGGGCACAGAGUCCAGCCUCGAAGACCAAGUGCCAAAAACCAUCCCCAAUUCGGUCAGCUUCGCUCACACUGAAACGCAAACGCAGAUGGAGCCCCAGAAACCCUCUACUGAGCCAUCGAGCUCAUGCACUGAACCCUCCACCGCUCCAUCUGAGUCCUCAACGGGACUAAAAAGAGACAUGGCCACUUCCACAGAAGAGCUGCGUCUCCCUGAGCCACCUUUGUCUGUGGUCCAACCAACCAAGGAUCUGACAUCCACACCAACCUCUAAAGCAAAUACUGUAACGCAUAUUGUAGAUGCCGAACCCAAACCCAAACCAUCCAAUGAGCUCACCCGUGAAUACAUUCCCAAAGUGGGCAUGACCACCUACACCAUCGUGCCUCAGAAGACUCUCGAAAAGCUGCGUUUCUUUGAAGUAGAGUUAACUUUGGAGCCCAAUGUAGAAUGCAAACCUGAAACAAAAGCCGUCUCCAAUGGGACAGUUGCUGUUAACGGCCAUCAGAACGUCUUUGCACAAACUAGUCCUUGUACUUCACCUCUAGCUACCAUUUCAUCCCCUGUAGAAGGAACUGAAUGCAAGAAAGUUCCUCCGGCAAUAAGACCCAAACCAGCUUCUUUCCGCCUGCCGCAGCACAAACGAACGCCGGGGGAUUACGUAACCUCCGCGGUCGUUCGCCGAGCGAGUGUGGGCAGUAAUAGCAGCAGCAGCAGUUGUAGCAGUCCUGUGACCCGGCCCAAAGAAAGUGCAAGCAGCCCGCAAUCAGAUACGUUUCCUGCACUGGACACCUUCCCUCCUUCGCCACCGGUGCAAUGGGAAGCUGAGGAGAACGCAAGAGCCAGUGAUGCACCUCGAACUGCAGCGGUGGAUGUACCUCUACCCGAAGCUCCCAAAUUUCCACCGUCAUCUGUAGUGUCCCGUCAGAAGAGUCUUCCCACAAACCCCACACCUUCGCUGAGUCUAGAGAAGCUGAGAAGCUUCGCCGCUCCCAAACCGUACUCGCCCUCUUCGCCCUCUCGUUUCGCUCAGGCCGUGUCUUCUGCAGUGAAGAGGUCCCAGUCGCUUUCCCAUCAACCCCUGGGGCAGUUACCACGCACGCUUCUUCUCACAAAACAGAGAUCCAUUACAGAGUCUCCUGAGCCGCCGGCCAGCACUGUGACAGACAAUGGAGAAGGACGCACAGAGAGAUCCGGAGAGGCCCCAUGGCAAACAGCAGGCCACGGCGGCCCAGCGCCGAGCUCCACCCGAGACGGAGGCAUGGGAACAUGUAAGAUUGGAAAUACUCAACCGUCACCAGGGUCUGAAGCAUCUUUAGCGCCGUCUGCCACAUUGAAGGGAAUGUCUGAAGUCUUUCAUUCAGUGGAAGAAUGAAAUGUGCCUCCUUUGAUGGAAUUCCAGCAUCACUCGUUCUCAAACAUUCCGCAGCUCGAGAGAAGAUCUUCCGUCUCCAUUUUUGCAUUAUUUUUUUGCAUAAUCAUGAUUUUAGGUUUCUCACUGGUCAGAACUGUGCAACUGCGUUCCACUUUUACCAUUACAGUGUAGUCAUCAUUCACUUUUUUUGCUUUUUUUCCUAACACAGCAGUUUUUAAUUAGCCACAACAUGCCUUAAAAAAAAAUAUAUAUUUUUUUUUUCAUUUAAAAAUAUACAUAUGAACUGUUUAUAUUUUUUCAUAUUGUAUAUAAAAAAUUAUAUUUACGUAAUAUAUCAAUAAAAAAUAGAAAAUGUUUCAAAUGUAUAAAUAAACAGCAGUUCAUAGAAAUCUAAAUGUCAGUUCAUAAUGACCAUACAACAUAUUAAAUCAGGCUUUUUCUGAUGCAGAGCAGACACAUGGAGAUGAACUACAGCAGCUGUGGAUUUAUUUUAAUUUAUUCUGCAUUUAGACAAUUCAUACUUUUUUUUUUUCCCCUUAAUAUGUUAAACUUUUUCUCUCUUAAUUGUAGCAGAGAUGCUAUUAAUGUUAUCGUAUUUUAAAAUGAAUAUUUUCGGGUUUCUUUGUGUCAUGAAUUGCAUUAUGAAAUUUGUAAAUAUGCAGAUGUGAAAGAAAAUGCUCUAUUUCGAGGUCUUUGUUUGUUUAAGUUAUAAGGCGUAGAUUUGAUUUAUACAAUUAUUAGCCAAUGAAAAGUGGUACUGAAACUUCUUUGGUUACACAAACCCUUCCUUUAUUCCCUUACCAAACAUUAGUACACGGUUUAUCUAUGUUAAUUAUGGGCUGCGGUUAUAAUAUGUUAAAACAGUAAUACGUUAUGACAUUGAACAGUUUUCUGGAGCCCACAAAAACAAAUGAUUAAUCAAAGCUGUUGCCAAGACAGAAAACACUGGGCUUUUCAUUCAUUUUGAGGAGAAUACUGCUGUAUUAUAUGUAUGAACUCAAUUCUCCUCUCUUUUCUGUAUUAAAGACUUUUAAAGUUUG